AUGUGGUCGCUUCUUCCACCUCUUCACUUUGUUACGGUGUUCUUACUCCUCCAAGUUCCUGCUGGGAAAGGUCUCCUCCGCGCCGUCUGCAGCCACAACUGUUCUGACCCAGACUUCGGGGCUCUGCCAGCCCUUUCCGACCCGCCUCUCCCCACGGAAGGGCUCGCGGGCCGUCUGGUUGAGGCGAGGCCCAAGAAUGCAUGCCACCCCAUCAAAGGUCCACCCAACUCCUCCUUCUCCUCCUCAGCGUUCAUUGCACUCAUCCAUAGUUCCAACUGCUCCGCCACCAAGGUCCUUCACGCGCAGCGAGCGGGAUACCAGGAGGCCGCCGUGCAUAACGUGAACCCCCAAAGCCUUGAGCGCAUGGCGAGCAAGGCAGAUGCCGAGCAGAAGAUCCACAUCCCCUCCAUGUUCACUGCCGAUGGGGCUUCCAGCACCCUGAAGCAGCACCAUUGCUCUGGGAAACGGGCCCCCGAGCAUUUGCAUGUCAGCUCAAAUGGUGCUUCUCAGGCCAUGCGUUCGACGGCUCCCGCCUGCAAGUGUCAUAUCCGUUUCCCGGGUCCCUGCUCACAAACUGCAACUUUCCACAUCUUCUGGAUCACUUGCAUCCCGGUGUCUGCCAUGAUCGCCUCGUUGCUGAUCGAGAAAUAUUUAUCGAAGUGCAAGAGACAGAGGGAGGCAAGCAACCAGCCUUCCCGAGAACGAGGGAACGAAACGACCGGCUUCUCACUUCUCGGUUCCAAGUAUCAAGAAUGUGCCAUCUGCCUGGAGAAGUAUCUAGAAUACGAUAGCCUGAAAAUCCUCUCGUGCGCUCACGCCUUUCACAGUAGGUGCAUCGACCUCUGGCAUAUCACCCAGACUCGGAAUAAGACCUGCCCUCUUUGCAUGCAGAAGGUGAGGCUGGUCGUCCGUUUCCAAAUACCGAGGCUGUGGAAAGAAGAGGCCAGAGGCCAUGUGAAGAACCCCACCUUUUGGCCUGCUCAGGCCAAGUUCUUUUUUGACCAAUGA